UGUAUGUACUCUUACAUUCAUCUUGGUUGUUGCCUCAACCGAAGGGAAGCUUAGGUGGCGUAGACUGUUGUGAGGAGGUCCUGCGGACUGGCGGUAUGGCGUGGUGAUCCUUGGCUGGAUCUGGGCUAUAGGGCGUGUGCCUUCCUAGCAUGCCCAAUUAGUAGCUGGUUGCCCUUCUUUGUUAUCACGUUUCCCCCUCUUUUCUCUCUACGCCCUCGCUGUUGUACGUUAUCGACAUGAGUGCAGUGCUCCGUCUUACAACAAAAAAUAUAUAGGACAGCCUUCUGCUUCUCCCCGUGAGUUCACAAAUUCAGUGCGAAGAACACUAUUGUUAUGUUUGAAAUCUUAACACUAUGGUACAGACGUACAUGACGUUCUUCAUCGUUUUGGGUAUACUAUUUAAUACGUAAAGUUAUUUUUGGAGUGAGUCUAGUGAAUUGUUUCUGUGUAGCCGAAGAACAGAAAAUAAAUCCAACUAAUGAAUUGAUUUAAAAGGUGUGCGAAGCAUUAUUUUUUAUGAUAAAAUCGGUGUUGUAGCAUUUCAAAUAUAAUGAACCGUUUCAGUUACUCCAAGAUAACAAUGAGCUGAUCGAUGUUUGCUGCUUCAUGCAACCCUGAUGAAUGGGGAUGAAAUUCUACCCUCUGUGGUUAGUAGUUCCCGGAUAACAUAGCAGUGAAAAGGUAUAUUAGGAUACAGUAUGCAAUACACUGUGAAGAGAUUAGGAACUAAAAGUGAAUAAUAUUUUCUUAAAACUUUUGUGUACCAACGAGCCUAUAAGCAGUGUCUUACGAUGCGUGAUAAUCUAGUCAAAACUAGUAGGGUGUUCGGAAUUGUAUUUGCGUUCCUGGUUGCUGUGAAAUUCGUGAGAAAAUAGCAGUUAACAUUCUUACGCAGCUGCUUCGAAUGAACAGAGCCUGAAAUAUUUCCCACAUUGCGUAGUUGCUGGCUACGGUUGUUAGUCCAGCUCUACCUCAGUUCUCCCUAGCUCUAUGAUAAGCUUGUCGGUCAGUGUUUGUGUGCAACGAACCAUUUCACGUAAACGGAGAUAUCAAGUUCGACGGGUCAAUCAGUGAACACUAUGAGAUUGUCAAAUGGAAAGGAUAUGAAAUUACUCCGAGUUGAGGCAUUCUAUAAAUAAAUAUUACAUAUAAACGCACGUUAUAAUACAGAGCGUGUUUGGUGCGCGUAAUCGUACGUUGUGUUCAUUGUGUUUAAAAUUUAUUUCCUUAUAAUAACGGGUGUAAAACAGGCAUUCAAAGUGUCGUCCUGCACAGCAUUAAUGUUCUGCUUCUCAAGCCCGUUCGGUCGCCGAGACCGGAGCCAAUUUGAGGCACCGGCAUCGGCGACCGAUACGACGGGGACUGGAGACGCACCCACAGCGGUCAUCAUGGUAGAAAGUGCAACGACCAACAGUGGUGACACAAAGGGCGACGAAUCUGCCCAAGAAAGUGUGGGGGCGGAUGGACGGAAAGAAGUUCGGUGGAAGAAAGGAAAAAAGAACAGUCAGCCUAUCUCCGAUAGUAGCAGGAACUGUGAUGACGUAAGCACAAGUUCAAAUAGUAGUUCAAAUAACUCUAGAAGCAAUAGUUGCAACAAAGACAAUGUUACUAGUGCUCCAUCAGCAGCAGCUACCGUGACUUUAGUAGUGAACAACACAGAACCAGACGUGAUUCCCGAAACACAUCGCUCCUAUCAAAGCAACAACAGUAAGAACACAAAUCACCAUAACAGCCAAUUAUCUAUUAGUGGUUCUACGUCUAGUGCAUCAGACAACACGUCGACAAUGGCACCACCAUCAUCAUCAACGUCAUCGGCAUCAUCUACACGCCAGAGUUCGGUGGAAUCAUCGUCUAGCAGCAGUAGCAGUAAUUGUGACAGUAGCUCUGCUUCAUCGGACAGUGUUAUACCCUCACCCGUGUCUCCGACGGUAGUGACCACAAUAGCACCAGUGCAACAAACAACUUUACCAACUUCUCUACUGCACACUACUUCAUUACCAAUAUAUCUCGGUAGUGGAGGGACAUUAUCCACUCUCGGUCCAGGUCCCAGGUUCAAAACUUUACUUGAAGGCGAUAUUCAAGUGUGUUACUUGAACCAUACACGCACCGUCGUCAGUAAAAUUCUGAGUUCCAAGUUCCUGAGGCGGUGGGAAUCUCAUCACAUCUACCUCAACGAUUCCUGUAUCUCCUCUAAAACACCUACCGGUUUCAUGUACAUGUCGGUCCCGUAUUCCUUCAUGGAGGAGGUGUAUGUGGUUGCUCGCUGGGACGUCGGCUACAAGUUCUGUAUCCGCAUCGUCGUCUCGGACGGCUCUCUGCUACUGCAGGCAAACAACGCAUACACGCGCGACCAGUGGUUCCACUCCAUUAUCUGGAAGAAAAACAUAUUCAAGUACCGCAACAUUCUAAAGCGGUCGACGAGACCAGAAGUAAUACUCAAAGAACUGAAGGGCCUUGUGGAUUUUGCUACGACAACACCGCUUCAAGAUGAAUGCGUAACACAUGUUCCUAUCGAGAUUGUCUCAGAGCUUCUAGUCGAGGAGGACCUAUGGUCCAGUCGGGCCAGCAGUGAGGAGCUUAUCAGCAUCAUUGCACCUUUGUUGGACAACAAUCCUCCCACCCCAGAGAUGUGCCAUUUCUUCUCCAGACACUGUGUUUCACAUCCACGGUCCCCCAUUGUGGCUGACAAGCUGACUCCUAUAGCACAUCGAAUCCUCAAACACAAUGUAGACUUCAGCAAGUCACAACACAUGCGACAUUUUGUGCAAGAUUACAUUCGGGCUCUUUAUUCUCAAAAUGCAGGAGAAGUUGUCAUUCAGAAAUUUGUCUCGAGUGUCCAUGGUCCUGGGAGUGGAUGCCCUCACCCCCGUGUUCUACCAAAUCUUGUGGCUGUGUGCCUAGCUGCCAUCUUUUCUAAUUUUGAGGAGCGGCGUAUGUUAGCAAGACUGAACGAAACACCCAACUCAGAGAAGGACUUGGGUGAAGGAACAGAGGAAACAAUCCAUGAAAAAGAACUUCAGUGUUAUGUUACUGUGUUCCUAUAUGCCUCUGAAUAUGAUGACUGGAGACCUGUACUGGCACAGCUUCUACAGCCUAUCCCAUUUCCUAGUGAUGCCCUGGCUCAUGAACCAUUCAUCAGGAGAUUCAGACCUGUGAUGGAACGUAUUGGAACUGAUGCAAGAUGCUCAUCGCACCAGAUGGUGCAGGCUGUCCGCAAAGGAAAAGAAGGCUGGUUCCAUGUCUAUUGUCCAUCGAGUCCUGUCUGUACUGAUGAUGGGCAAACCUGGGGUCAUAUGCUGAAGACCCUGCUGCACUGUUGUUGCCGCUGCAAGUGGUUCCUAUCACAACUGAUGAAGAAACAGCUUGGGGCCUGUCUAUUGCUUGCUCUGCGGGACCAUUCAGCUGCCCAGGAGGCACUGUGCCUUAUGCUGGAGUGGGAACUUAUCGAGCAAGAGGACCAGAAAAUGCAACUCGUGUCCACACUCCAGAGCACAGCCUCAGGUCGGGAUAAUUAUGCAGCUCUCUGUCAGCGACAGCUGCAUCUUCGUGAGCUGCAGCAAAAAGGAGGACCUCGAAAGCUGACAUUACCAAGCCGAUCAACUGAUGCUGACAUAGCUCGGCUAUUGAGCUGUGGUUCGUUCGGCAACCUUGAGGUCCUUAGCCUUGCUUUCACACAUGUGACAAGUGCAUGUGCUGAGCAGCUCAUAAAGCUGCCAUCCCUCAAGUAUCUGAAUCUGUGGGCUACACAGUUUGGUGAUGCUGGACUGUUGAUGAUUUCUGAGCAUUUGCACAAACUACAAGUCCUGAACCUAUGUGAAACCCCAGUCUCUGAUAAAGGAAUUGCAGCUCUGUCCUCCAUGACAAACCUACGUAAGUUAAACUUGAACAGUACCAGGUUAUCAGCACAAACGUUCGAGAUUCUAAAGCAGAAGUUACCAGCACUACAGGAAUUUGAUGUCCGCUAUACAGAAGCAUGGUAAGGUUCAAGACUGUGACUAACAAAGAAGAAGUCUGUGCUAUUAUUGCAACAAAUCUGUGUUCAGGAUUCUAGUGUAAGGUCAGGCAUUGAUAUAAGUUCAUGACAUUCACACGUCAUAUGUAUGUCUCAUCAUGUUGAUAUAGAAAAGGGCAGUCAGGAAAUAACUAUGAUACAGCAACACCCAUCAUCCAUGUCAUGAGGAAAAUGGUUCAUUAGAUAAAUUGCACAUGUGAUAAUAAAGUUUAAAAUUUGAAUAUUAACAAUAAUAGUAUAAAUGCAAUUGCUAGGUUACUCCUUCAUACCAAAUUUACAAGGGCACAUAUCUUUGUAUAGAUUAAAUUAUUUAUUCACUACAUAGGGAUUUUUGAACAUGAAUAAAAUUAUUGUGUAUAUUUGUCCAAAGGCAACGUCCAAACUGUGAAUCGUUUCAGAAUGCACAAAAUUCACUGAACAGUUGCCUAUUGCCUAUAUGAACUAUGUUUUCUGUUAUGAGGUUCAUUAAUCUAAAAAUUUAAUAUAUCAACAUAAAAUGUUACUCUUUGGUAGCACGUGUCAAUAAUCAGCAAAUCACAAAAUAAAAUAAUUUUAGAAUUGUAGGAUAAGUGUU